AUGGGUGGGGAAAUUAUCACUUUGCAAGCAGGUCAAUGCGGGAACCACGUUGGUAAGUUUCUCUGGUCUCAAUUGGCGAAAGAACAUGCUAUAGGCACCGAUGGGCUAUCUCAACUAGCUGAUUCCGGUACAGAAAGAGAUGAUGACACAAAGCCUUUCUUCCGCGAAAACAGUAGGAAUAAGUUUACGCCAAGGGCCAUUAUGAUGGAUUCUGAGCCUAGCGUCAUUGCCGACGUGGAGAAUACAUUUCGUGGGUUUUUCGACCCGAGAAAUACCUGGGUGGCUUCUGAUGGUGCUAGUGCCGGUAAUUCUUGGGCUAAUGGGUAUGAUAUAGGAACGCGUAAUCAGGAUGAUAUUCUUAACAAGAUCGAUAAAGAGAUCGAUUCUACUGACAAUUUCGAGGGUUUCCAGUUGUUACACUCAGUGGCAGGUGGGACUGGUUCCGGGCUGGGGUCCAACCUCUUAGAAGCGCUCUGUGAUCGAUAUCCCAAAAAAAUACUUACGACAUAUUCAGUGUUCCCUGCAAGGUCUUCUGAGGUUGUUGUUCAAUCUUAUAAUACUAUUCUGGCCUUGAGGAGACUGAUAGAAGAUAGCGAUGCAACCGUGGUGUUUGAUAAUGCUUCGUUGCUGAAUAUUUCCAGUAAAGUAUUUAGGAACCCGAAUAUCGAUUUACAGCACACGAAUCAAUUGAUAUCGACCAUAAUAUCGUCGGUAACGAACAGUAUACGGUUUCCCAGUUACAUGUAUUCAUCCAUGCCCAGUAUCUAUUCCACCUUGAUUCCUUCCCCUGAACUUCAUUUUCUAAGUCCUAGUUUCACUCCAUUUACAUCAGAUUAUAUUCAUGAUGAUACAGCGCAUAAGGGCCAUUCCAGUUAUGACGUCAUGUUAGAUUUAUUAGAUCCUUCUAAUUCUCUCGUCUCUACCGCGAUGAACAAUCCAACAUAUUUCAACGUUUAUAACACAAUUAUUGGUAAUGUAGAGCCUCGUCAGAUAUCACGUGCAAUGACCAAGUUACAGCAGCGUAUUAAAUUUCCCUCAUGGUCUUCUUCUGCGAUGCACGUUAACAUUGGUAGAAGAUCGCCCUACCUACCCUCACAGCCUAAUGAAAACGAAGUUAGCGGUAUGAUGUUAAGCAAUAUAUCUACUGUGGUGAACGUCUUUGAGAAUGCAUGCAAUACUUUUGACAAAGUAUUUGCUAAGGGCGCGUUUCUGAAUAAUUAUAAUGUAGGCGACUUGUUCCAAUCCAUGCAGAACGUUCAAGAUGAAUUUACCGAGUCAAGGGAAGUGGUACAAAGCCUAAUGGAAGAUUAUGUGGCUGCGGAACAAGAUUCGUAUUUGGACGAUGUACUUGUUGAUGAUGAAAAUAUGGUCGGCGAGUUGGAAGAGGACCUGGAUGCCGACGGCGACCAUAAAUUAACAUAA